CGAGGCUUAUUGAGGACUCUGACUAAUUGCUGUCUUAGCGAUAAAGAGAGAACCUGCCUGUGUGUCACAAUCAUGGCAAGCGAGGUCCUGGGUGACCACAUCGCCAAAGUCAUCCGGGCUGCCAUCGAAAAUGACACACCCACCCUGGAGAAGUGUAUUGACCAAUACUCUUUUUCUGACUGCAAAGUCGUAGAUGUCCAAGAUCCUGAAACUGGAUUCUCUCCGUUGCAUGCCGUCAUUUCAUCAUGCAGAUCAUCAGUCAAUGGCAAUGGUAUCAAGAAAUCUGAUCAUGAAGACGCCGCUUCUUCGACCAUCAGAUUUCUGCUGGAAAAUGGGGCAAUUUGGAAUCAACUGGACAAUAACGACGAAACGCCUGGCUGCUUAGCCUACCGCCUGGGUUUGUUGAACCUCUAUCAACUCAUGGUCGAUGCAGGCGUGAGAGCGGAAAUGAUACUAAGCCGACUCGAGGAGUAUGAGAGAAUGGAGGAUGAGGAGGGGGACAAUGGCGAGGACGGGCAAAAAGAGCCGAAGGAAGAGGAGGAACAUGUGCCUGGAAAUGAUCAAUUGGAUUCCAUGGAAACUGAAGAUUCCGUUGUUGAGUUGGACGGAGCCGAGCAGCAGGAUGUCAACACUUCAGCUUAUCUAUCGUCCACUCUUUCUCUCAGCAGCAACAAGCUUUUAGACGACCAACAGAACGGCGUGAUGAUGGCAUGGGAAAGUGGGAUCAUGAGGCAAUCUGCCGAUAAUCUUCUCACAGCUCCAGAGUUGAGGAUUUUGAACAUUGGCUUCGGCAUGGGUAUAAUUGACUCCCAUAUCCAAGACAAUCCCAACAAGCCAGCGCGCCACUACAUUGUCGAAGCUCACCCAGAUGUCCUGAAAGAUAUGGAAUCUAAAGGUUGGAUGAGCAAGACGGGAGUUGAAGUCCACCGAGGGAGAUGGCAAGAUGUGCUCCCAGAAUUGGCGGCUGACGGUGAAACGUUUGAUGCAAUCUAUUUCGACACUUUUGCCGAAUCAUAUUCCGAAUUCCGAGAGUUCUUCACCGAACACGUUAUGGCGCUUUUGGAUCAGAGUGGGAGGUGGUCAUUCUUCAACGGCAUGGGCGCAGACCGUCAAAUCAGCUACGAUGUUUACCAAAAAGUGGUAGAGAUGGACUUAUUCGAGGCAGGGUUCGAGGUCGAUUGGGAAGAUGUUGAACUCCCCAAGUUCGACCAGGAGUGGGAAGGAGUGCGCCGGAAGUAUUGGAACAUCGACCAUUACCGACUACCCGUUUGCAAGUUUAUGGACUGAGCAUGUGGACUACAUGGGGGCAUGCGGGCAAGAAAUUUCAGGGAAGCAACCAAUUAUUUGGCCGAUUAUCACGAUUGUCUAACCAUCAGACUUGAUCAGCCGCAACCUGUAUCUGCUGCUUCACUUCUCCGUUCCCGAUUUGCACAAGUGGAGAUUUCCAAUCGGCAGAUACCCAUACAUUCGUUGCGCAGAGUAUGCGCUCCGGGGUUUCGGAACCAAUUACAAAAUGUUCGCCCUCCUCGGGAGGCCGGACCGGCAAGAGACUGAACGAACAUUGUCCAAUGUCCUCGGCAUUCAUGCGUGUCACACCCCACCUGACCUGACCUUCCUGUGUGUUCUUACUCCCCUCUGGUGGAUGACAAUAUGCAGCGAGGGUCUUUGAAUUUCCAAAUGUCGAGGGCAAAAUCCAACUUACUUUCCAAAAGCCAAUUCCAAUAGCGAAGGUUACCAAAACCAGUAGGAUCAGGCUGAAGACAAGUGCCGCCAAGGGUGAGAAUCCAAGUUUAGACACCAGCCUUUUCCCUAUGUCGUCCGCAUUGUCGAAACUUUGAGGCCAGACUGCAUAUAUGCGUUGCAAGAAUAGCGUUUCGGACAGAAAUGUGUGUAAUAGGACAAAGUAGGAGAUCAUGAUGA